AUGCGAAGACGGGCCUCUCUUGCGGGCGCCGACGAAGAUGAAGGAUUGAAGGUCGACAUGCGAAGCAAUGUUGAAGAGGUGGAUACCGACGACAACAACGACCAUCCGCCCACCCAAGAACAACGGGAAGUCUCACGCGAAAAGGAAUCCGACGACGACCUGGACUCUCCCCAAUCGACCCCUGCGCCUGCCGCCGACACCAAGAUGGAGGACUUCUAUCGCAAACAGCGCCAACGCGCGAGGCUGCGCAGCCCCUGGUCGUGCUCGCUGGUGACGAUGAUAUGCACCGGUCUAUCGCUGCUGCUGUUGGCCACUAUCGCCCAGUCUUUCCUCGCCCGCCAACUGGAUCCCAAGGGCUGCAACAUGUCGUACAUGCUCUCGGCCUUUGCCAAAUACACAGACUUCGACACAGAGCAUACGAGGUUCGCCACAAAGUACUCGCUGUAUCUGUACCGCGAGGCUGGCAUUGAUCAGGACACGCGCGUGCGUAUGAACGACCAACACGUCAUACAAGAGACUGACACUCCACACAGGNUCAAAGGCAUUCCCGUGCUGUUCAUUCCCGGCAACGCAGGUAGCUACAAGCAAGUCCGCUCUCUGGCCGCCGAAGCCGCCAAUUACUAUCACGACGUCCUGCAACACGAUCCACAAGCCCAGCAGGACGGCAAGCGGCCCNUUGACUUCUUCUCGGUCGACUUCAACGAAGAUAUUACCGCUUUCCAUGGCCAGACACUUCUUGAUCAGGCCGAAUACCUGAAUGAAGCCAUCGCAUACAUCCUCGCUCUCUAUCACAAUCCUCAUCGCAGUCUGCGCGAUGAAUCCCUACCCGACCCUACCUCGGUCAUGCUCGUUGGCCAUUCAAUGGGAGGUAUCGUUGCCCGCACAAUGUUCACAAUGCACAACUACCAACCUAAUACCAUCAACACAAUAAUCACUCUAUCCGCUCCUCACGCUCGUGCACCCGUCUCCUUUGACCAGGACAUUGUCGACACAUAUCAGAACAUCAACGACUACUGGCGUAAGUCAUACUCUAUGGAUCAAAAUCCAUUGGACCAUGUUACUCUGGUAUCUAUCGUCGGAGGUGGUCUGGAUACUGUUGUGCCGUCAGACUACGCUAGUCUGACUUCUCUGGUGCCCGAAUCGCAUGGUUUCACCGUUUUCACUUCGACAAUGCCUCAUGUAUGGACUGGAAUGGAUCAUCUGGCCAUCAUAUGGUGCGAUCAGCUCCGCAAAGCAGUCAUCAAGGCUUUGUUUGAUGUCGCUGAUGUAAAACAACCUACACAAACGAUACCGCGCGAGGAGCGCAUGCGCCACUUCCGAAAACGCUUCUUGACUGGCCUGGAAUCCACCGUGCAGAAAGAGCUACCAAAUCAAGAAGCAAAAAUGCUUCUCUCACUCGAUGAUCAAUCUUCGGCCAUUCUCACCGAGGGUGAACCCUUGAGUCUUCGUCAGCUGGGUUCCUCUGCAAAGACUGAAGCUCAUGUUUUGCCUGUACCAUCUCUGGUGCAGAAUGAUGCUCGGAGACUUUCCGUCCUGACAAAUCAGCGAAUUGAUGAACACGGUCCUGUCCAGGUCUUCCUGUGUUCCGCUCACGUUCCUCAAGCUGGCGCUGGUGGUAAUGCUUAUGCCAUCAAUCUGGACCUUUCUGGUGGCUCCUCAGGCUUCAUGCGUUUGUCUUGCAAGGACUCUGCAGUCGAUGCUAUUGCUCUGCCUGCUUCGAACUCGGGAUCAAACUUUGCUUUUGAUGACGUCGCACCCUUUGCAUACGUCGACUAUGCGCUACAGGACCUGGCCGAGUAUCAAUUUGUUGCUGUCAUUGACAAGGCGAGCGAACUCACCGAUGGAUGGGUUGUAGCUGAAUUCAGCGAUGCCGUCAAAUCGACUGUCACUGUCAAGAGAUCGUUGCGCAGUCUGAUGCUGAGUGGCAUGCAUCGUGUCUUGCCAGCUACACGCGCCAUGGUCAACGAAAUUCGCGUUCCUCGUGUGCACUCGAGUUUACUGGCCUACACCUUGCGUGUUCACCAGAAGUGCAAUACUGAGCCUCUUUUCCAGCCUCUGCUGAGGCAGUACAUCUCUGAACCGUACGAGUCGAAAUUCUUCCCGAACGUUCGCGGGCAUGUCAACAUCAAUUUGCAUGGCGUCUCGCCUUUUGUGCCUCCUCCGGCGAAUGCGGCACACACCAAAGAUGGACUCUCGCUACAGAUUUGGUCGGAUCCAACCUGCAAUGCAGAGAUGAGUGUGUCCUUGGAUAUCGACUUCCUCGGAAGCUUCGGCAAACUCUAUAUGCGUUACAGGACUGUUUUUGCUGCUUUUCCUCUGGUCGUUGUGACGCUGGUGCUGCGAAAGCAGUUCAAAAUCUACGAUGCUACUGNNCGCUCGGGCAACAACUACAACUUCUACAACUACGUACACAGCAUGCUAAUACUCAUGCUCUGGAUCCUACCCAUCAACUUGCCAGUCCUCGUCGUCUGGAUCCACAAUCUCGCCGUCCACUGGCUGACACCCUUUUCCUCGCACCACAACAUCCUCUCCAUCAUGCCCUACAUCUUGAUUGUCGAAACCAUGAGUACUGGCCACAUCAUCCCUCGACUACAGUCUCCAUGGCGCUUAGUCAACAACAUCAUGUUGUUCUGUCUAGGGCUGUAUGCAGCGGUAUAUGGCGUUAGUUAUGCGUAUGUGCUGCAUCAUUUGGUUAAUUGUUGGUGUGCUUGGUUGGUAAUUGUGCAUUUUGCGCCGGUGAUUGUGCGGAGAGGUGCGCUUGGGGAACAGCAGAGAGGAGGAGGCAGUUCGCCGCCGACGCCGCCGGGGGAUGGGCAUGUCAAGAAGAUUCCUUGA